CAGUCUGUCUUCCGAGCCCGCCUUUUAUUGACGUAUCAUUUGGCGACGAGGUUUAACGAUUUAAAAAGUAUAAAAUGUCGAUUGGGAAAAUUGAAUCAUUUAAUUUGGGUUCCAAGCAAUGGCCAGCGUAUAUUCGGCGUGUAAAACAAUUUAUAAAAUUAAAUAACAUUAGCGAAGAAUUAAAAGUUAGUAUGCUGGUGACCGUGGUCGGAGAAGAAACAUAUAUGCUCAUGUGUGAUCUUUGUGCACCAGGAUUUCCUGAGGAUUCGACAUUUGAUGAGUUAGUCAAAUUAGUAACAGAACAUUUAGAACCUCAGAGGUCCGAAAUCGCGGAACGGCACGUGUUUCGUUUGCGACGGCAAAAAAAUGGGGAGUCUUUAACCGACUACUUGCAGGCCCUUAAACACUUGGCCUCUUCAUGUAAUUUCGGCAAGUGUUCAUCGUGCUCAACUUUGGAAGAAAAUCUUCGGGAUCAAUUUGUAUCGGGUCUCGCGAAUGAUGCUAUGCGAUCUCGAAUUUUUGCCGAGAAAAAGAUACAGUAUAAAGAGGCUGUGGAACUGGCACUGGCAUUGGAGGCGGCUGAACGGCACGCAGAGGUCAGUGGGUCCACACGGGCAUCGGUGAAUGAGGCAUCAGGAACAACAGGCGGUCAGGUGAGCGAGGGCUUGCAUUACGCGCGUGGCGGUGGCAGCCAACAGCCGCGCACGACCUACAUACCGAGCGCCAAGGGCGCUGGUGUUGCUGUGCGUUCAGCAGGUGGAAGCGCGGGGACUUCAGGUUCUGGUGUUUCAUGCUGGCGCUGUGGCAAGGCGCACACAGCGGAUAAGUGUCGUUUUAAGCAAUACAAUUGUGAUGAGUGUGGCCGACGGGGUCAUUUAAAAGUGAUGUGCAAACAAGUGCGUGGUAGUGAUAGUCGACAGAACUUUGUGUCGGACGAAUCUGAUGUUGAGUUAUAUAAUUUGAAGUUGAGCAGUCAGGGUAACGAACCUUAUUUUAUAAAGGUUUUUAUAGACAGUAAUUUAAUUCGAUGCGAAGUAGACACGGGAAGUCGUAUAUCAGCAAUAAGUGAAGAAAUGUAUAAUAGAUUUUUUUGUCAUAAAGUAAUUAUAAGGGAUGGCAUAAUCUUACGUUCUUAUUCAGGUACUCAGAUCGAGUCUUUGGGUUACAUUGAGGUAAAUGUACGUUUGGGCGACGUGGAAGUUAAAUCAUUACGUUUAUAUAUUAUAAAAGAAGGUGCUAGACCUUUAAUAGGACGAGAAUGGUUACGUGCGUUGAAUAUUAAAGAAAUUUAUCUUAAUGAAAUAGCGGAAGAUUCUUUUGUGAAUAGAUUAAGCAAGGAAUUUCCAGAAGUUUUUUGUAAUAAGUUGGGCACAUGUAAGAAAACUAUUCAAUUACAACUUUGCGAUAACGAACCGGUUUAUGUGCGAGCGAGACCGGUGCCACUAGCACUUCGCGCGCGAGUUGAGAACGAGCUAGCGCGUCUUGAGGCAGACGGAUCCAUUUAUCGGGUGGAGUACUCUGAUUUUGGGACCCCAAUCGUACCAGUAGUUAAAAAAAAUGGGGAGAUACGUAUUUGUGGGGACUAUAAAAUUACUGUGAAUCCCAAAUUAAAAAGAGAUUUUUAUCCAUUACCACGAAUUGAUGAAUUAUUUGCUAAUUUAAGAGGGGGGGAGCAGUUUACGAAAAUAGAUUUAACGCACGCGUACGAGCAGUGUCUUUUAUCUGAGGAAUCACAGCCGGUCACGGCCAUUACUACCCAUAUGGGUACUUUUGCUUAUCGUCGUACACCCACGCCAAGAUCCUGGUCAAGGGAAGUAGGAUCAUGGAAGAAUGUUCCUAUUCAUCAUAUAAAGCCGUAG